AUUUAAAUUGAACCGUCGCAUUGUGGAAACAAUAAGCUGAUUGCCGUGAAAGAACACACAAAAGAAAUGGGCAGAGCUAGCUGAGCAGAGUUAAAUAAUAUUCCAGGAGCAACAAAAACUGCUGAACAAUGGCAAGUGAAAGAUGCCGGAAAAGGAACAACAGAAAUAACGCAGCGAGGAUGUUGAACAAUGAGUGCAAGAUCGAGUAGCAGGAAUCAAAAAAACUGCUGGAAGCCGAGAAGUGGAAUUCAAAAAUGUAUAUCCAAUUCAACGAUCUUUCCUACUCGGUUCGCAACCGCAAAAGUGCUGAGAAAACAAUUUUACAAAAUGUGACGGGGCAUUUCGAAUCAGGGAAGUUUACGGUGAUAAUUGGUCCUUCCGGUGCAGGAAAGACUUCCCUGAUGAAAAUCGUAUCGGGAAAACAAUCCAUAGAUGUUAAAGGUAAUAUCACGAUAAAUGACGUUAAGUGGAACCGAAGAAUGUUCCGUAAACAUGUAUGUUACGUACCGCAACAGUAUGAUUUAUUGCUAUUCCUCACAACGAGUGAAACGCUCUACAUAGCAGCUCGAUUACAACUCGACGUUAAUCAGACCAAACAACAGAUUAAUUCAAUUGUAAGUGAACAUAUCGCAGAAAAUCUCUGGUUGUCAAAUUGCUUGGAUACGUCAGUAAUGAAAUUAAGUGGUGGCGAACGGAGAAGAUUGUCUAUCGGCGUGCAAAUGAUCACCAAGUCAUCAGUUUUCUUAUUAGAUGAGCCAACAAGCGGUCGUGACAGUGCGGCGUCUUACCAGUUAAUUGGCAUGUUGCACAAUAUGACGAAAGCAAAUUGUGCUGUAGUUUGUGCAAUACAUCAACCUAGUGGUCGUAUGAUUUCGCUUUUCGAUGACAUCAUGGUACUUAAUCGAGGAAAAUGUAUGUACUGCGGACCAAAAAGCGAGAUCUUGAGCACGUACAACAUUGCCGGAUUCACGCGUCCUAGCUUUUACAACAUAGCCAAAUUUGUUCUCGAGAUGAUAACUGAACAGAAAGAUAAAGAUUUAGAAAAUUUACAUAAGAUCUGUCGUGAUGAAUAUGAAAAAUUCAAAUCGCGCAGUACAUAUAAAAGUAAACAGAAUUUAUCGAUUGAUUUUGAACAAAAUUUCGAAACAGAUAAUACAGUCACAUCCACUAAAAUCAGAAGACACAAAAAAUCGACAUGGCACCAGCAAAAGAUUUUAUGUUCACGAGCUCUAAUCUGUAUCAUGCGAGAUAAUACCUUUACAAAACUAAGAAUUGCAACGCACAUCACAGCUAGGCUUCUAUUCGGAUUAAUAUUUUAUAAUUUUGGUGACGACGCCAUAAAAGUACGAAGCAAUAUAUCUUGCUUAUUUAUCGUUCAAAUGUAUUUAUUUAUGAUAAAUGCCCUACAGACGGUGCAGAUGAUUCCCACGGAAGCGAAGGUAUUUCUACAGGAACAUUUAAAUAAUUGGUACUCUUUCAAAGCCUACUACAGCGUAAAAGUGUUAACGGAUAUUCCGGUGCAAAUACUUUGCACAACAUCUUUCUUGUUAAUAUCAUAUUACAUGAUACAGCCAAUGGUAUUUAAUAGAAUUAUACAGGUAUGGAGCAUUUUGUCUGUUAACUGUGAUGGAAUUAAUAUACUAUUAAUGAUGCUUGCUGGAUUUUUUGUAAAAAUAACAGAAUUGCCGGUGUAUAUAAAACCUUUAACUUUUCUAAGCUACUACAGAUAUAUAUAUGAAGGAAUUCAGGCGAUCUAUCUUGAUUGACCUAAUUUAUCGUGCUCUGAAGUUAAUUGUUACUUCAGUUCAACAAAUAAGAUUCUCUCAACAAUGGACCUUCCAACAAUGCCAUUUUACGUCAUUUUGAUAAUACUUGGCUUUUGGAUUAUUUGUUUCCAUACAAUCGUUUAUGCAGUAUUUCAUUGGAAACUUUAUUAUGCGAAAAAGCAACGUGUUAAUGCUCGAACCGAGGAAAUAAAUAAUAAUUAAGAAUAAAGAGAAAGUGUAUGUAAUUAAAGGUUAAAAGUGUACCUUGUAAAAGUUUAAAAGUGCUCAAAAGUAAAAAUGCCUUAUAACAAUUGUCAGUCAUUAUGUAUUGGCAUAUUAGCAUCACUAAAAAACGGCGGGCUACUAAACGAAUAAUUCCAUAAGCAAUUGUUAGAAUACGUCACCUAAUAACGGAAAUAAUAGAGGUAACCAUAUUAUCGACAGUAGCCGUAAUACCUUCUUCUCCUCUAUAUAUAUACAUAAUUUCAAGUGCAAUUGUACAAAU